GAUUCAACGCUGAUUGGUUCAUCUUUGUAACUAACGAAAGUCAUUUCUGUCUCUAAAAAACUCGCCAUUUUCAUUCUAGAGAGAGAAAAUCAUCAGAGAGAUAGAGAGAGAAAGAGAAAGAGAGGGUAACCUAUCAUGAUUACACGAUCGAAUCUUGCGGAACAGCUGCGAGAUUAUCAAAUUCGAUCCAAGCAUGAUUGGGCCUCUGUCUCCUUCUUCUCUUCUACUUCUCCCAAUCUCGCCACUUCCAGGGUGGAUGUGGUGGUCUUUGUAAUAUGGGAACUUGUUGUUUUAGCUUUCUUGGUGUUUUCAGUUGUUUCUUUAUACUUUAAGCACAUCAGGCUUGCUUUUAUAUUAGUCUUCAUCACAGUGCUAUUACUUUUAUGCAUGAAAAUUACAAAGCAAGUAAGACUGGCAAGGAAAAAGAAACGAAGGAUGCUUCUUCCAUUGUCAAUGUAAAGUGGUAUCAAUGAUUGAUCUUUGGCCUAUUUCCUUUUCUCUCACCACCUUUUUACUGGAAUAGGGUCUCGACCAUUCAUGAGCAUUUUCCCUUGAUCCACUUCCCGAUCAUCUUUGAAUUGUGUAACUUCUGAUUCCGCCUAUAGCAAGUUGACUAAAGUAUAUAAACAAUGUUUUUACAUCAAUACAAGCUUAUCCAAUUGGUUCAUGUUGAUCCUUAUCAGAGAUGGUGUAACUUAGUUGUGCUAGGAUCUUGUCACACAUAUCUAUAUAUUUUGAAUUUCUUUCUGGCUGUUUAUGGUUAUGUAUACUUAGUACAACUGAUGCAAGUUACUGUAAGUUUUUGACCUUUUUGAUAGUGCGGCGAACUUACAUGUGAAAGUUCAAAUACCAUCGGGUGAAUUCUUGUGUAAAGACAACAUUGAAGCUGAGUAGUUUUGUAAGCUGUUUGAUUUUAUGCAGAAGGUGCUUAAUUUUUGGCACAUUCCACUUA